AUGAGCACUGAAGCAGGGAUAAAUCCGACGUCGGAAAUAUCAAGCCAAGAAGAGCCGCGUGGUGCUCAGCCGGCGUUAAAUAAAGUUGAUUCAACAACGUACUCAGAUGAAUCCUUGCCUGAAUGGACGUGUCAUGUCGGCAUUGCUACUGAAAAGAAUGGAAGGUGGCGACGAACUAUGGAGGAUGCACACCUUUACCUACAGGACUUCAACAACGUGCCGGGGCAAGGCUAUUUUGCGGUCUUUGAUGGACAUGCUGGCAAAUUCGCUGCCGAGUGGUGCAGAGACAAUAUGAAUCGCAUUCUUUCGGAGGAAUUAAACGUAUGCCCUCACAUGGACGUACGCGAAGUCAUGAGAAAUGCCUUCCUCAAGGCGGAUGAACAGCUUGAGGCAGAGUCCCGAUCUGCCGGUGUUCGAAGUGGGUGCACAGCUGUCACCAGUCUUAUCAGGCUGGAAUCAGAUGACUCAGACCAAAAUAAAUCAAGAAGGCGUGUUUUGUAUACAGCAAAUGUGGGCGAUGCUCGCUCUGUCCUUUGUCGUGGCGGUAAAGCCAUUCGUUUAACCUAUGAUCACAAAGGAUCUGACGAGUUUGAAUCCAAAAGAAUUACUGAAAAAGGGGGAUUUCUUUUGAACAACCGCGUUAACGGCGUGUUGGCUGUCACGCGAUCCUUGGGUGAUUUCUCCAUCAAAGAGUUCGUCGUGGGUACUCCCUUUACUACUAGCAUUGAUAUGUGCGAUGAAGACCAAUUUCUUAUUGUUGCAUGUGAUGGCCUCUGGGAUGUCGUGAGCGAUCAAGAUGCUGUGAAUUUUGUCUCAAAAUACAGUGAUGCACAAGAAGCCGCAGAAAACCUCUUACAACACGCUUUAAAAAACUUUAGUACAGAUAACACAUCCGUGAUGAUUGUACGAUUUGCCAAGACUCGGACCUAG